AUGGCUUGUGUCCAUGAGCAAUGUCCCUCCCCCUCCCUUUCGGGAUUCAGUACCCCGAUUUCUGAUGCUCCAUUUCGCCGGCCAGACUCUGAUGUGGCUGCAUGUACCCCAGAUACUGAACUCACCCCCACACAGUGUGUUCUGCGCAACGUAUUGUCCAUCGAUCCUGUCGGGGAUGGGACCCACACACGUGGCAACACCCCAACUCCUAGUGAUGACCCUGCACAGUUCUCUAACAGUGUGCUGAAGCUGCAUGAAGGUGGAGCUGAAGGGGGAGCCAUGCGCAACCAGUCGGAGAGCUUUAGGCUGCAGGCAGGUGGAGGAGGCUUUCUGGAGGGGCUUUUUGGUUGCCUCAAGCCGGUGUGGACCAUGAUUGGCAAAGCAUACUCUACUGAAAACAAGCAAAGCCAGGAAGAGUCCUGGGAGGUGCCCUUUGAGGAGAUCUCGGAGCUGCAGUGGGUGGGCAGUGGGGCUCAAGGAGCAGUGUUCCUGGGCAAGUUCCAUGGUGAAGAGGUGGCCGUGAAGAAAGUAAGAGACAUCAAGGAAACUGAGAUCAAACACCUCCGUAAGCUCAAGCACCCCAACAUCAUUACAUUCAAGGGUGUGUGCACACAAGCUCCAUGUUACUGCAUUAUCAUGGAGUACUGUGCACAGGGGCAGCUGUACGAGGUUUUGAGAGCAGGGAGAAAGAUCACACCAUCACUGCUCGUUGACUGGGCCAUGGGUAUCGCAGGCGGCAUGAACUACCUCCACCUGCACAAGAUCAUUCACAGAGACCUCAAAUCACCCAAUAUGCUGAUUACCCAUGAUGACUUGGUGAAAAUCUCUGAUUUUGGCACGUCAAAGGAGUUACGAGAUAAGAGCACAAAAAUGUCCUUCGCCGGCACCGUGGCUUGGAUGGCACCAGAAGUCAUAAGAAAUGAACCUGUCUCAGAGAAAGUGGAUAUAUGGUCCUUUGGGGUGGUUCUCUGGGAGAUGCUCACAGGUGAAAUUCCCUACAAAGACGUGGACUCUUCAGCUAUUAUUUGGGGUGUGGGCAACAACAGCCUGCAGUUGCCUCUGCCGGAAAGCUGCCCUGAUGGCUUUAAGAUCCUCUUAAAACAGUGCUGGAACUGCAAGCCCAGAAACAGGCCCUCAUUCAGACAAAUUCUUCUGCACCUGGAUAUUGCCUCAGCUGAUGUGCUAUCCACCCCACAGGAGACCUACUUCAAAUCACAGGCUGAAUGGCGUGAGGAGGUGAAACAGCAUUUUGAGAAGAUCAAGUCUGAGGGAACAUGUCUGCACCGACUGGACGAGGAGCUCAUUAACCGUCGCCGUGAAGAGCUCAGACAUGCCCUAGACAUCAGAGAGCAUUAUGAGAGGAAGCUGGAAAGAGCCAACAACCUUUACAUGGAACUGAGUGCUGUCAUGCUACAGUUAGAGCUGAAAGAAAAAGAACUGCUGAGAAGGGAGCAGUGCUUGGAUAAGAAAUAUCCUGGGUUGUUCAAACACCAUCCUUCAAACACAGUGGACAAACUCAUUAAGAAGAGGAAUGUACCCCAAAAGCUUCCUUCACAUGGCAAGAGACCAGACCUCCUAAGAUCAGAGGUCAUCCUCCCUAAAAUGGACCCUGGUGUGGUGCAAGUGACAGUUCCUUCUUGUGCCAAUCGGACCUCCACUUCACCAAGUCGUGCCCGAAGGGUUAAAACGCGGCAUCGCAGGGGGGGCCGAGGUAGCAGUGGUGAUCUCUCGGGGCCUAAGCACUCCACUGGUACCUCCACCAGAGAGAGAGAAACGCCCACAUUGGGCACUGCAGCACCCAGCGGUACUCCAGCAACUGAUCAGACAGUGGGUACUGCUUCAAGAGGAAGUCAACUGGAAGCCCCUCCACUAAAACUGUCCUCCUCCAGCCCAGACCUGCUUUGCUCCACCCAUGGAGCUGAGGCCGGAGCUAGCGGUGGAGCUGGAAGUCUGAGCGUGUGUGAAGGGCUUGUUAGCGGAGUCCGAGGUGUGGCUGAAGCCACUGUGGGAUUGGAUGAAACUCCGCCACGAAGUGACACAGCAAGCGAGGACGCUGCAUCACUCCCAUUCUCGAGCAGUCCUGAUUCACCCUGCUGCGCAAGAGGUGUGGCUGUGGGACGGGGACACACUCUGGGGGAGGAAAGGGAAGAAGGAGCCGGGGCAGUGCGAUUGCCAAGGGGAGCCAGUGGCAGUCAUUUGACUCCAUCAGCUAUACUUUACAGAGCAGCUAUCACACGUAAGCAGCGCCGUGGCGUGUCUUCAGAGGAAGAGGAAGGAGAAGUAGAUAGUGAAGUGGAACUGCCAAGGAGACGACGGCCAACUAGUAUAUCCAAGUGCCAGUCUGUGUCCACCUUCAGCUCAGAGAAUUUGUCUGUCUCUGAUGGAGAGGAAGGCCAUACCACUGACCACUCUCACAGUGGCACACCAGAUGUGGUCAGCACUAAUACCGAUGAGCGACUGGAUGAUCGAAGUGAUGACCUCAUCUCACAGGGUUCUGAGAUCCCUGCAGACAUCACUGACCCUGCAAUCUCGGAGAGGGAGGCUGCUGCUCUUGAACAGGAGCGAGCAAACUUUGAUCUGGAACAAAACAUUUUGGAGACCCGGGCGUUGUGUGAAGAUUCGGAUUGCGACAGCGCCGAGCUAGACCAGUCGGGGAGUGGAGAACCAAGUCGCCCCCCGAGUGCAGGAGGCUGGGGUCAGGGUCCUCAGAACUAA